AGAUUAUUAUCUUAACGAAAAAUCGAGCAUUGGGAUCAAAAAAACAUCAAAACCAAGUUCAGCAAAUUUACAAUGAUAUACGAAUGGGAUUAGCAACCGCAUUAUUUUAUUGGUCUGCGCAAAGAGGACUUUCUAAGGAAAUUGUUGUUAAGCUAAUUAAAAAUAUAUCAAAUUUUUCCCAAAUUCAAUCAUCGGGAAUAAUAGAUAAUGUAACAUUAAAAGUUAUUUUUUCAUUAAUGUAUGCGUGCGAUACAAGUGUUUUGCUUAAAUAUGAAGCUCCUAGCAAUAUUUGGCAGACCAUUCCUAUAUUUUCUCAAGGGGACUUUUUACAAACGGUUUAUGACGCAUUAAUUCCCACUCAACAGGAUGGUCUGACUGGAACCAUCAAACUCGCUUUUGGAUUAGCAUUAACUGGUUUCAGACACGCAUCUAUGCAGGUACCGAAUUCAUCAUCGAGAAUUAUAGCAUAUGAUGAGCAACUUAUUGAUGCUGCAAUCAACAGCAAAGUGUUCGACUUUUUAUACUAUUAUGUUUUAGAAAACAAAGAUGUAUAUCGGCAUGAAUUUUUAUAUCGUCGUAUUCAUAUGCUAUUGACGGACUUUAUAGAAUUUAUGCAUUCCAAAGUAACUGAAUUACGAGGAAAGGCAGAUGAAACGGCGAGAACUGUUAUGGGAUUUAUAAAGGAAGGACUGGAGCCGCCAUUUAACUUAGACCACAGUUUUGAAAUGUUGAUGUUAUGUAUCUCUAAGUUUUAUAAAGAUAAUAGGGCAGGACUAGCAUUGUGCGUGGAAUUUUGGGAACCACUCGAUUCAACGUUCACUUCUGUGAAAGCUACCACUCGUUCAGUUUCCCUAUUUAAAUUUAUUCGUUUAGCUGGAGAAUUACUGCCAUCUACCUUGUUUGUAUCGUAUUUAAAAAUGAUUGCUGGUUUGACUAGUUGUGAAAAGUCUGCGCGUAAUACAUUCAAUCUUUUGAAACAAGCUUCAGGAUUAACGGGAAGUUCAACUCUAUCUUGGGAACAUUUUUUCGGAUCGUUGAUUCAAUACUAUUCAAAUUUACGACAAGAACAUGGGGUUGGCAGUGAAAUAUCUUACAAAACUCAUUUAAACCGAAGUAUUAACCCUCAAGAGAUUGAAGCUCUUCAGUCAGUACUGGAAGUGAUAAGAGCCGUGGCUACCUAUGAUGAAUUAUCAAGAAUAGCAAUUUGUGAAAACCCAAAUUGGGCCCCAUUACAAAUACUUCUAGGUUUAUUAAGUUGUCCGGUAACACUUGUGUUGAAAGGAAAUAUAUUACAAACGUUGGCUGCGCUAGCCAAGUCUAAAGAAACAGCAACCAUUCUUUGGAACAUCCUUGAGACUUCUCAAAUUAUUCCAACAAUACCUGUUAUAAGUUCCAACAAAUCAUGCAAUCUUCUAACGGAAAUAUCACAGAACGAAUCUCGCCUCGAAUGUUAUCCCCUUUCUCAAGGUAUCUUAGACUUGAUAUUUUCUUUAUUAAAAGCUUGUAUGCCUAAAAACUUAGGAGCGGACCACCGAAAACCAGGACUACAACCUUAUAUAACUUUUGUUUUUGAAGAAAUUUUCUUCAAAUUCUAUGAUAGACAGUAUAAAAAUUUGACAGAAAAAUGGGAAAUCUGUUUGAAAUGUUUGAAAAUAUUGAACUAUUUAGUACAAACAUAUGAACCAGCGUUAAAAGAUUUUGAAGAGCUCCAAGACCAAAGUUCGCCAAUGGGGUAUUAUAUAAUGCUACAGCUGCAAAAAAAAUCUCACUUUUUAAAUAUACUUCUUCUAAUAAUUGAUGAUGCACGACAAAAGCUUGAUGAGUACGAACAAUUUAAUGAAAGAGAGUUGCUUGAGGAAAGUGCCCUUCUCUGCCUUUUAAUAAUAAAAGAAGGAUUAAUUAAACAAAAAGAGUUUUUGAAUUCUCACAAUAUUGCGAAUACGUCAAAUAUUAUUUUUGGUUUAAACAAAAUCAUAUUAGAUGUCAAUCCACGCAGUCAACGUCCGGAUCAUCUAUUGAAUAUAACAAAAUUUGUCAUGUACUGCAGUUGGCUACCCAAUCACUCCUUUGCUGCUGUAAAUAUUCUUAAUAUGGUUUCGAAGAUGCCUAAUAUUUCAUCCCAAAUCUUGGAUGUAUUUAUUUCAAACGGAUAUAUAUAUGAUGAAAUUCGUCAAGGGUUUGUGGAUUGUCUAGAUAUGGAUAUAAAUGCAAAUAACUUCUAUGGAAAAUCUAUCGAGUUUUUAAAACCGCACAAAAUUUAUUUAAAAAUCAAAACCUCUAUAUUAGAGUUUCUUCGAAAUUGUAUAUCACAACCAUAUCCAAAUAUUGGGUAUUAUCUUCUCGGGUUUGAAUAUACUACUGAUGCUAUCGAAAAACGAAAACUUAAUAUUAUAGAUUCGUUUAAUCAUUGUUUAAAAGCAAUAAUAGCUUUAUUAGAUGAACAUUUAGAGGCAAUGAGAGCUUCAAAUGACUACGAUGCAGAUUUGGAGCAAAUUAACAAGAGCUCAUAUUUCAUCUUAUAUUUGUUGUGUUCCAAUACACGAACAUCCGAAGGAAUUUUACGAUAUUUACGAGCAUCAAACGAUUUUAUUUGCCGACACUUACACGAACUCCCAUUUAAAAACAUCAAAUACUCCCACAUUCUAUAUCAGACAAGUUACUUGCUAGAAUGUACUGCAAUAGAAUUAAAACUAUCAAGUUCUUAUUGUCAAAUAAGUAGAGUUCAGCAAAUUUGUGAAAUUUUGUUGGGUACUGCUACUAACAAGUCUGAAGAUCAACUUUCUAUUAAUUCUACUUUAUUUUUUUCCCAUUCAUCUCCUGUUUUAAAUGAGCAUUUUAUUAAACCGAAAUCUGAAAGAGUGCCAAAUUUUUUGCUUAGUAACAUUCUGGAUUUUUUAGAGUUUGAGGUAAAAGAAAUAACUACCAUUAAAUGGGAUUUCUUUGAUAUUUCUUUAUCUAAACAAAUAUUCAAUGAGUGCGAAUUCAUAACAGAGGAGGGUCACUCAUUAAUUAAUUUACAAAAAUUGCACAAAAUACUUCACGAUGAGCUUUGCAAUGUACAAGGCACUAUAGCCGGUGGACAACGAAAAUUAAUAUUGCAGGAAAUUGAGUCCAUAUUGAUAUAUGCUCUCAAAAUAAAUGAAAUGCGGAAUAAAAACAAGGGAACGAUCAAAGUAAUGGAUGCCUGGGCACAAGUAUAGUAUUUAUUUGUAUAAUUUUAUUAGAUUCUGAGUAUUUUUAUUAAAUCUUUAGGUUUCUGAAAUUAUAUUUAUAUACGCUUCGGAAAAUACUUUGCCAUAUACUAUCAAGCAAGAACUUUUAUUUGAAAUAUUACAAAGACUUCUUAACAAAGCAGUAUCCAUACAACUUCCUUUGGAAAUAUCAAUUUUAACAUCGGAAGCAAUUUUUAUACUCAUUGUCUGCUUACGACAAUGUUUCUCCCGAAAUCUAGAAAACAUGGGAAACGAUACAACUAACGCUGCAUACUACGGAAAUGUGAAAACUAUUAAUAUUGUAAGCUCAGAUUCAAACAUAUUAAAUCUAAAAUCAAUAUUGAAGCGACUUUUAGAGUGGAUUGUAGUAAGCGAUGUUAAGUCUCAAAAGCUUCGAAUAAACUUGUAUGCUGCAAUACUGAGCUGUCUCCGAAUGUUAAAUGGGCAUUUCUUAGAAAACAUAACAUCCCGUAAUUAUGAAACAUUUGUUUCUCGUUUAGAUAAAAAACUUGCACCUUCAGUAAACCCAGUAGUAACGCAGGUUCCAGUCGAAUUAUUUUCGUUAUUUGGAGAUAAAUUAAUUGAUAUAAUGUGUCGUGAUUGUGUUAUUGGGCAUGAUGUAUGUAAAAUGCUUGCUAUGUCGUGUUUUGUUUCAGCGUUAGAAUUUAAUAAUAUUCAAAGUGUCUUGCAAUUGUUUGCAAAUAGGGGUUAUUUAGCUAAUGUCAUCGAAAACUUAGAAAAAUCCGAUCAAGAUUUAUGCCUUAUCGUAAGUGACUCAAUUAAAAAUAUAAAAGCAUUAUAUGUCUACGAAUCACACAUGGCACUACUACUCAGAUUUGCUAAUUGUUCUAUGGGUGCUGAAAUGCUGUUAUCAGCUAAACUAUUAAGUGUUUUAUCUAAAAUGAGGGUGUUUGAUUUGCAUCCAAAUUUUCAAGGCUUUGUAAAUAGUCAAAAUGCCAUAUCGGAGUUUCUGCCUGCAGUGAACAAUCGCUUUCGUCAGAUAUUUUUCCCAGCUAUACAGCUAUGUAAUGCUAUUAUAUCAACUCUUGGAAUGGACAAUCUGUCAGCUAUUUCCCAAAUAGCGAAUUUUUUGUUUUCUCACUUUGAAAUCACCGAGUUCAUACUAAGAACCGGUUUGUCCCAUUCGGAUUUGGGUAUUAUGAAUGAACUUUCUAUGGUUACUGGCAUUAUUGCGCGAGUUAUGCGAAAGGAUAUAUACUUACCAGAUGACGUAAACACGAAUCAAUACAAAAUCUACUCUCACAAAAUUAAUAAAUAUAUGUUGCAUAUAUUCUGUUAUUUUGUAUUAAACAACGAUAUUUUGAAGCGAAACACAAAACUGGAUGCUCAAAUAAACGAAUUUUCGGAACCUAAUUGCAUCAAACACUAUGUGGACAUCGCCGCAAAUGUUACAAUUUUCUUCCGCUACAAAUUUACAAAUACUAUAAACUUGAGUGAUAUUCUCUUCAAACCGAAGAAAAAUACAUCACUUAGUAGAAUGGAUAAAUUGGAGAGAAGUGUAACUGAAUCGCUAGACUUCACGACAGUGUUGAAUCACUUGCAAGGAUCGGUAGAAUAUUUAGAGAUGCAAAAACGAAUUACUGAUAAUAUAGUUUCCCACAGAUCUUACAUGGCAGAUGCUAGCAUUGAUAACUCUAUUCGCUUUUCUAAUAACGAAUGGAUUAAACAAUAUGAAAGCAGACAAAAGGAACUUUCGUUAUACGUUUUUAUCAUCGAACAAACUUUGUAUUUAUUGUGGUUACACUUGAACUUUUACGUUAGAUCGAAUGCUAGUGCAACUGGACAGGGUUUAACACUUACCAUCGAAGAAUACCUUCCGAAUGCCACAACCAUAGAGGAUUUCGGCUUAUUGAAACAAAAUAUGAUUUCAGUCUUCAAUGAGACAUUUUGCAACCAUCUUGCAUCGUCUUCUGGAUCAGAUUCUGCGAAUUACUUUAAUUGCACAUUAGUGCGUCGGAUAAAGUCAUUAAUCCAGCUUCUUCCAGGUGUUUAAAAUAAGGUUUUGUACAACUUAAACACGAAUAUAAAAAUAAAUGACAGAAAAUUAAAUAUAGAAAUUAUA